ACACUUCCAUAAAACACUCACAAUGGUAGGCACAAAGCUAGUAGCCCUCGGCUAUGUUGUCCUCUUGAGCAUUGGACUAGCCAAUGCUGCAAGGGUGGUUAGAUUCGGCAGUGGAAGCGCCACGGGAACGGGAGCGGGAGGAGGAGAGGGUGGGGGAACUGUGAGUGGUGGUGGCUCAGGUGCUGGGAGUGGAACUGGGUCUGGCGUGAGUUCUAGUAGUGGUAGCCAUGCAAGCGGUGGAGGUGGAGGUGGCGGCGGAGGCGGUGGCCAAAAUGGUGGAACUGGAUAUGGUAGCGGGUCCGGCUCUGGCUCCGGUUCUAGUCAAUAUAGUCAAGGAUCUUCAUAUCCUUACGGUGGUGGCUAUGGUGGAUAUACUAGUGCUGGCGGUGCCGGUGGUGGCGGUGGUGGAGGGAAAGCUGGUGGUUAUCAAGGAUCUAGUGGAUAUGGGGCUGGUAGUGGCACUGGUUCUGGCUCAGCUACAGCUACUAACAAUUGGUAUAGACAAGGUAGUACAAAUGCAGAUGCUGGUGGAAACGGUGGUGGCAAUGGCGGAGGAAGAAAUGGUGGGAGUGGUGCAGGCAAAGGUGCUGGAUCUGGGUAUGGCAAUGCCAACCCCUAGUCCUCUUCAUGU